AAUCGCUGCGCCUGCAGUCCUGAGUAGGCAGCACGCAGUACAGGUCCGUCUCUUCAGCGCCUAGCCACCACAGUCUGUGCCCGACUGUCCAGACGUACUGUCGCACCGCCUCCAAGAUGACUUCCAGAAACAAAGAUGACCCCAAGGUCAUGGACGAGGAGGAGCUGGCGCAGAAAGCUAUGGGAGAUUGUGGUCGGUGGCAGCUGACUAUAAUCCUGCUCCUCUCACUCCUGAAACUUCCUAUCUCCUGGACACAACUUGGAAUAGUCUUCCUGGCAGCUCCUGUCCCCUUCCGGUGUGCCAACAGCAGCUAUGCCUGUCUCACCGAGGACAGAGACUCGUGCUCGGAAUGGAAAUACGACCGAUCCGUUUUCUCUGAGACAAUAGUUACCGAGUGGGACCUGGUGUGCUCCAGGAGUCAGCUUGUGAACAUCACUCAGAUGGUGCUCAUGAUCGGAAUUCUGAUUGGCAACAUCAUCUUCAGCAUCGCUGCUGAUAGAUACGGACGGAAGAUGCCGCUGAUCCUGAGCGGAGUCCUGCAGAUGGCAACAGGAUGCUGCGCCAGUUUCGCACCAUGGUUCAGUGUCUUCCUGAUCCUUCGCUUCCUGCAAGCCGUGGCCACUGGUGGGGCGAUGACCAUCGGGUUCGUCUUGUGCAUGGAAAUACUAAGCGGCAAAUGGCGGACUACGGUCACGACCCUCUCACACAUCCCCUACAGCAUCGGACACGAGACUAUGGUCGGCAUCGCCUACUACACCAGGAACUGGAGGCUCUUCCAACUGGCAGUCAGUCUUCCGUCGAUCCUGAUCAUCACAUUUAUAUGGCUCAUCCCGGAGAGUCCUCGGUGGCUGAUGGCUGUCGGCCGCCACGAGGAGGCCUUGCAGAUCCUCAAGAGUGCUGCGGCCGCCAACAGGAAUCAACUGCCGGACGAAAUCGCUUUCUCCAAAACAGAAAAGCAGCGCAUUCAGAUGGAGGAGAAGAAGCCCACGAUUCUGGACUUGCUGCGGACACCCAACUUGCGCAAGAGGACUUUGGCCAUGUGCUUCAACUGGAUGGCUUGCGGCCUCGGGUUCUAUGGGCUGGCUCAGUACAUCAGUACCAUCGGAGGGAACGUCUUCAUCAACGUAGCAAUCUCAGGAAUGUUUGUGAUCCCUGCCAUGAUGGUUACUCUAUUGACCUUGGACAGGUUCGGCCGCAAAGCGACGUUGAUCGGCGGUCACAUCUUAGCCUCCAUAUCCUGCUUCCUCAUCAUAUUCUUCCCUGAAGUUCCUGGAAAAUCUGAUCUGCCCAGGGUCGCUCUGGCCAGCCUGGGGAUUCUAGGAAUCUGUACAUCGUUCACCACCGUCUACUUGUACUCAGGGGAGCUGUUCCCUACAGUGGUCCGCAACGUGGGGAUCGGCUCAGGCUCGAUGAGCGCAAGAGUUGGCUCAAUGAUUGCUCCUUUCGUCGCAUCUCUGAGUUCUGGCAGUGACAUCUUGACGCCUCUGGUGUUCAGUCUGGUACCUCUGACUGCUGCCAUCCUUGGACUUCUUCUCCCAGAGACCAAGGGAUGCCAACUACCCCAGACAAUAGAAGAGGGGGAGGCAUAUGGAAGCGGAACUGAAACAACAAACAAAAACCUGGCGGGUGUCAGAAACGAUGCCUUCGAGAACGAUCGUCAGGUGUAGAGGAGCAGAGAGUGUAGGAGAGUAACUAUACCUCCGACAGGCGAGGAGAGCGCAGCGAGCUCGGAGAAUAUGUGGUGGUCCACCAUUAAUGUGAUAGUUAUGCCUCCAAAGAUUCCAAUAACUUAAGAAAAUCCUAUAAGGCAAAGUGCUUUUACAAAUUAGUUUUUAAUGAACAAUGUGAAUUUUUAGCGAAAACGACAGUUUUGCAAACCUUGGCACAUUAACAUAGGUUAAGUAAUCGAUCUGAACCAAACAAUAAAACAUGUAAAUAAUGUAUGUAUUUUUCCUAUAUACUGUAAAUAUUAGCCUUAAGACACUUUACGCUGUAACUCGAUAUGUAUAGUGGAUGUCAAGUAACUAUACAAUAGACUGUUCCAUUACCUUGAUUCGUUUCUCACUUAAGCUAUUUAUUGUUGAUAAGGCUUGUACACACCAUUGCCAAAUUAUGUAUAUAAUAGUUUUAAGUAAACUCCUAUGGAAAGUAUUUUAAUGUUUGAAUAAAGAUUACUGUGUUUAAACACGAAAA